AUGAAGUGCUCGGAGCUAGUGCUGGUGCUCCUGUGUGUCCUGGUGUUGUCACAGGGACAAGAAAAACAUGAUUCAGUGGUUAAACUCGAUGGAGGAAUGUUCAAGAUGGGAACAAAUGCUCCUGACAGUAAAGAUGGAGAGGGUCCAGCUAGGCAAGUCACGGUGAAUCCAUUUGCCAUUGACAAGUAUCCAGUCACCAACCAGGAUUUCAGGGAAUAUGUACGAGCAACAAAGUAUAAGUCAGAAGCAGAGACAUUUGGAUGGAGUUUUGUCUUCGAAGAUUUUGUGACAGAUGAACUAAAGAAAAAAGUUACUCAGAAGUUGCAGUCUGCUCCAUGGUGGCUUCCUAUAGAAAGGGCAUUUUGGCGUCAGCCAGCAGGGCCAGGCUCAGGGAUCAAGGAGAAGCUGGAAUACCCAGUGCUGCAAGUCAGCUGGAAUGAUGCACAGGCCUUCUGUAAGUGGAGGGGGCAAAGACUGCCUACAGAAGAAGAGUGGGAGUUCGCUGCACGUGGGGGACUUAAAAGCAACACCUACCCAUGGGGGAAUCUAUUUCAAGCAAAUCGAAGCAAUCUUUGGCAGGGGGAGUUUCCCAGCCAAGACUCAGCUGAGGAUGGUUAUCAUGGGGUUUCUCCAGUAACAGCAUUUCCUGCACAGAAUGCUUAUGACACCUGGGAAUGGACAUCUACAGAAUACAAAGUACCUAAAGGGGCUAGUACACAGCGUGGACAGAUUAUGUAUGUAUUGCGUGGGGCUUCCUGGAUCGACACCGAAGAUGGUUCAGCCAAUCAUAAAGCACGUGUUACCACUAGGUAA